AAAAAAUCAACUAACUAUAAAUAGCUGUUUAAAUAUACAACGGUCAUAUUUUUAGACCAGAUUUACUAAAUUCAUGUGAAAACAUCAAACCUUAACACAAGAUCAAGCUGCAAACAUGAAUAACUGACUACACUCAAAUCCUCAAGGUCGCUCCCAAUUAUGCCUAGUAUAAGCAGCGGGUGAUUAGAUCCUCCUGCUAAAAUGUGAUAUAUGAUGUGUUCUGCUAAAGUUGCCGACGUUAUUCCAGCGGUUGUUGCUUGGAGUCUUAUAGUAGGUAUUACGGCGGUCUACCUCACCUUCAUUUGCUUCCAGUUCGCUGCAACUUACUCUUGGUCCAUAUUUGUUCUACAUGCUAUCCUAGUUUUCUAUGUGUUAUGUUGUCUAACACGAACAACUUUCAUGGACCCUGGUUAUUUCCCUUUCGCAACGGAAGGAGAAGCUGAAUAUGAGGAAACCAAAUCUGCCCCUGUUCAUCGUGAAUAUAAUAUUAACGGAGUAUUAGCCAAGGUCAAGUGGUGCAGUACAUGUUUGUUCUACCGUCCCCCAAGGUGUUCACAUUGCUCUAUUUGUAACCGGUGUGUGGAUACUUUUGAUCACCAUUGUCCUUGGGUCAAUAACUGUAUUGGAAAGAGAAACGCGCGUUACUUCUUCAUGUUCUUAAUUUCGCUUACACUCCAUAUGAUUGCUGUGUUUAGUAUAACCCUCGCAUCAUUAUUACUUAACGAUCAGCCAAUCAUCUUCUAUACAAAUAUUAUACGAAUUAUUACACUUUCUCUAGUCGGUGUUAGUUUUAUUCCGGUUUUUGGACUAACUUCAUUCCACAUAUAUCUAAUAUCCCGAGGAAUGACAACCAAUGAACAAGUUACAGAUAAAUUUCGUGGACUGUUAAAUCCAUUUACACUGGGUUGUUUACUGAACUGGCGGAGGUUUUGUUGUGAACCUCAAUUUCCUCGUCGUUAUUUGGAAGUAGAUUCAACCAAAUCCCAUCGUAUUAGAUGUUUUAAAUUGAGAAAAAGUAGAUUUAGCAAAUUCAAUCAUUUAAUGAUUAGUAGCGGUGGCGCUGGUCCCAGGAGUACCGAUGAUGCCGUUACCAAUACAUACACAGAAUCAAAUCAUAAACUACUCAUGGAUCAUAUACAUAGUAAAACUAUCAAUGAUGAUAUUAAUCAUAAUUAUAGUACUGAGAACGACACUAUGCUCGACAACACUGAUACUAAAAUGCCUAAUACCAACAAUAAUAUAUUCUAUGACAAAAAAUCAAUUGGUGGUGGGAAAUAUUUAUACACUUUAAAAGUUCCACAAAACCAUUCACAUAAUCAUCCACGUCAACAGUUAACUAGUCAGAAUCAGGAUAGUACUCGAUCAACAAAUCAAUUGAUACCACGUGGACCAUUAGUUUAUGACAAUGAAGAACCAUUAUCUUCGAUUAUUAAUAAUUUAACAUCGAAUCGUAAUAAUGUAACGACAACAGCGAUAACAACAACAACACAGACUGGAAAUCAUAGAUUACAAGGUAAUAAUGAUACUUGCUCAAUUAAUGAACAAAAUCUACCAUGUACCAAUGCUAGGCCAUCCGCUGAUUCACUCGGUACUUUAGACAGUGCAUAUCAACCACAUCAUCAAAAUUCAUGUAAUAACAGCGGUAAAGUAUUGGUAGACACUGCCAGUAUUAGUCUUUCAGGUUGGAGUGAAGAUGCAGUUUCACUGAAAACAUUAGAUCGUCUUAUCGGUAUUACACGUCAUCAUCAUCCAACGAUUGGAGGAAAUGACAGUGCGAUUGCCACAAGUAUUGGUGGGGGUGGGGGUGGUGGAGGAAGUAGUGGCCCAACUUAUUUAACUGUUGAACGUAUUCAAGAAAAUGGUGAAUCAUUAAUUGAUUCUUCAACUUCCGUUCUUGAUCGAAAUAUCCCAACUGAUCAAGAUUCAACACAAUUUUUUAAUUUUAACGGUCCACAUAUAAAUGGUUAUACGGGUAUAUUACCUACUUCUACAGCUGAUUCAAUCAGUCAACAUUUUACACAUACACUACCUCUUUCUCAACAAAAUAUUGUACGUUCACCUGGUGAGAAUGACUCCUACUGUAAUUUCUAUGAUGGAAGUGUGACAGGUGUUAUUGGGAAUGAAACCAGUGGGACUGUUGGAAUCAAUGUUUUACCAUCAUCUAUUAACUCCUUAUCGAAUACGUUCAAUCAUGUAGAUAAUUCUUUAUCAGUUAAUGAUAAUUAUCAUGUUAAUUACUCAAAUGCGAACGAUAAUAAUUCUUUAUUCAAUUCUAAUCCAUUAUUGAUUAACAAUAGUACUAAUCAUCCAAUCACCAAUAGAAAUCGAACACAAUAUUCUACCACCACUAAUACCACUACUACUAAUAAUAAUAGUGGAUCUAUUUUUAUGGUAAAUGAACCGCAUAUUUCCGCCUCUAAUAAUUCAGAAUUACUGAAUCCUUCGCGUUCAACAAUUAAUAAUAAUACUCAACAUGGUUCCAUUGAAUUACCUUACAUUCCGCCACUAUAUCAUACAAGAGAUAAUAGGAAUAUCUGUAAUAAUAACAAUAAUAAUAAUAGCAGUCAUAAUAAUAGUAUACAUCCACCGGGAAAUUAUGCACAACCAACAUUUGUUAAUCAAGUUUUUAAUGAACAAUCAUCUGAUCAAUCAUCGCCUAAUACAAGUCGAUUCAGUUUUAUUUUUUCACCAUUAGAUGUUAGCGCACCGCAUGCAUCACAAGAGACAUUAAGUACAGCUACAUCACAAACAUCUAUUCCUUUUCUUGGUUCACCAUCUAGUCCAAGAGGUUUUUCAUCAUCUCAAUCUCACAACAACAGGGAUCCUCCAAUAAAUGAUUCAUCAGCACCGAUCAAUUAUGAAACUAGUGACUAUUGUAUUAGUCGAACUGGUACUAUGCUACCAUCAAAUCGUAUAUCCAAUUAAAAAUAAUACAUUAUCAUUUCUAUAUUAUUGUUAGUUAGUUUGUCUUUGACAAAAUAUUUCAUCAUUCAGACUAUGACGAUGACUACUAAUUACUUCCAAUAUGUUUUCAUACAUUUAUGAUACAAUAUAUACGUGAUAUUGAAAAGGUUUAUUCCAAUUAAUUGUUUCAUUAUCUUCAACUUUAUUUGUUUUCAUGAUUAGCAUUUGUUUAUCCAUUGAAAAUGAGCAAAACUUUUCGGUUGUAUCUAGGUAUGUAUGUGUGCGUGUGUGUGUGUGUGUGUGUGUACGUUUUUACAAUUCCUGUUUGUAUACAGCUCUAUUAUUUUUUGUUGUUGUUCAUGUUCUUGUACACACUGUAGAUAAAGGAUCAUAUUUUACGAAAACAUACACAUUCAAGACUAAUAAUUCAUUUGCAUAUCUAUUAUACCAAUUCUCUUUUUUUUUCUGUUUAUUACUCAUCAUUAACAUUCAUGUACACUUAAUUGUUCCUAUGUCAAUUCUUUUACGUCUAUCUUUAUAUAUGUGUGUAUGUGUUUUUGUACUCAUUCAUAUCCAUUUUUUUCCUCGAUGUAUUGAUAAUCUAAUUUCUGUCUACGGUGAAUAUAUGUUUCUUUCAUGAAUGGUAGACUUUUUUUUAUUUAUCAAUAAUACUUAAUCAAUUCGUUUUACACUUUAUUUUCUCAUCUCAAUGCUACCGAGUGGUUGUUAUUAUUACUAUUAAUAUCAGUAUUCUCAAAGGUUCAUGUUCUCAUAUGUGUAUUUACAGAAAAUUGUAAUAGGUAAUAUGGUUUUUCCUAGUUCAUUGAUUCCAGUUGUAAAAGAAAUUGAACCCAAUAAUUCAUUAUUUAAAUCUAAAUUGCCUUCUCUCAUGUAUAUGUAUACAAUAUAGGUUAUAUUUUUAUCAAAUUUCCAUUUGAUCAUUUCCUUGGGUGAAGUUAUCUUCAGUGUUCCCUCCAUCAUUGGUAACAUUUUCUGUCUUUAUUCAAUUUAUUGCCUUACAUAUAGUUCUGUUUUUGUUCAUUUUUGUUUUCUCCAUAAUGUUUUUUUUAUAUUAAGGUUUGUUGUUACAUUGUUCUCUCUUUCUUUCUGUUACUAUGGUAACGUUUUUCACUUCAGUUUCAGGUUACAGAUGUGUACUAGGAAGAAGUGAUUGAGUUAUUUUCAUUCCAUAAUUCGUUUUAUGUGAACAUAUACCUGAUAUCUAAUUUGUGGAUCCUUAUACAUAUAUAUACGUGUAUCAGUUUGUGUUUCCAUCUGAUCGGUAUGUGGACUUUAGUGUUUAUGCAAAUGUUCCACUGUUUUAUAUGAUGAAAACGUGUUAUUCAACAUUUGACUGAUAUUUAUAUAUAUAUAUAUAUAUGUAUCUAUUUGUAAUGUCUUCAUUUUGCUUACUACUUAUUUAGUUAGUCACUUAAAAAUCUCUCGUGAAAUAGUCUUCCUAUUUGCUGUUCUAAUUUUUCGUUUUCAGAUUACUUGUUUAAAUCUACUGACGCCCCAACUGAGUAUAUUACAAUUAAAGAAGAGACAUUUUGUCAAAUGUGCAUUCCGUUGUUCAGAUGAGUUGAAUAAUAUCUAUCUGAACUAAGUAGAUAAUGUUUUAAGUGUUUGGAGCAAAAGGUCCCAAUGUUAACAUCAACACAACAUUUAUUUGACGAGUCCAAAACAGAACAAAACGUGCGAACUGGAUUUUACUGCUAGCCAUUACCCAACUUUACUUAAAAUCUUAUAAUCUCAUGACAAUAUUGAGGCGAUUUGUUCUGCAUACAAAUUUCAAAAGAGGCCAAUCAAUUACAGUCUUUAACAUUAACAACAGGAAAAUUUAAACCCUUACAAGUGAAAAUAUCCUUCAUUAAUUUUAACAAAUUUCGGAGUACAUAUAUAUUGUUCAUACACUCAGUUUUAGAACCUCAUGUUCUAAAAGCAAGCGCUAGUAAUGGUAGUCAACUAUUUAAACAGAAAUGUAUGGAACAAGUUUCAAAUGCAAUACCCGAAAGUUGGAUACUUCACUCACUACAUCUCGCUUACUACUCUGUCUACACUCCACUUUAUACAUGACAGAGUGAUACAUUGUGUAUAUACAGUUCAAUUCACAAAUAUGUAAUUAGUCGAAUUGUGUAUUGAUGAUGUUAUGUAAACGGAAUUUCACUCAUUUCUGUGAUUACGUAAAAUAAAGUUUUAACUUAACCUAGAAUUCAAGUUGCGAAAUCAUCUAUAAAUGCUAAACUGUAACGUCAUUUUCAG